AUGGUGCAAAUCAAUUACGAGGUCAGGCUAAAAAGCAACGCAAAAUAUCAAAUGACAGAAAUAGAGGAUAGUCUUCGGAGCAUCUUCGAACUAUUCGACGAUGGAGUUAAAAGCUUAAUUCCGAAACAAGACAAGGAAAAGAUCAUGAACGCGAUUAACGAGAUUAUGGACGAAACUGAGACGAAAGAUCUGCUGGAAGCGUUGAACGUCGUGGAAGAGUGCGUUUCUGAGGUUAUGAUUUGCGAAGAGAGCGAAAAGUACAGUGAUAUUCCUAAUACUGCCCUCGGGAAGUUCUAUUUGUACACCAUGGACAAAGCUGAGGGAGAAGAAGAGCACAUUGAUGAGGAAGAAGAUGGCGAAAUCGCUGCUUGCCAGACAUGGAUGUUACCGAACAAGGCGUUUUACGGACUGUGGGAGUCGCUGCACUACUCAUCAUCGCUCAAAACCGAUCUCAUUCAAUACGCGGAAACAUCUUUUCGGCUAUCGCAACUAGGAGUCAGCAACACGCUCAUUAGCUGGAACAAAGUCAUUCUUUUUCAUGGCCCUCCAGGCACUGGAAAGACUUCCAUCGCUCAGGCAUUUGCUCAAAAAUUAGCGAUUCGACAAAUAGGCGGCUAUCAAAAUACGGCACUUGUGGAGAUCAACUCACAUUCUCUCUUCUCAAAGUGGUUUUCGGAGUCAGGCAAACUUGUUCAGAAAAUGUUUUCUAAAAUAAGAGACUAUGCGGAUGACAAGUCGAUCAUGACGAUCAUCCUCAUCGACGAAGUAGAGAGCUUAACCUCUGCUAGAUCGGGUUCCGCGAAUGAGCCAGCAGAUGCCGUUAGAGUAGUCAAUGCUGUUCUUACGCAACUGGACUCGCUGAAAAAGUACCCGAACGUUCUCGUUGUUUGCACAUCGAACAUCACUGGCAAAAUUGAUCUGGCAUUCAUCGAUCGCGCCGACAUGAAGAUUUUCGUUGGACCACCAGAGCCAAAAGCUAUCUACACUAUCCUCGAGUCUGCGUUCAACGAAUUAUAUCAUAAAGGCAUGAUUACAGGCAAAUAUUCCUUACGAUCAGAAGGAUACGACCUGCCAAACGAGAGAAGCCUUAUUGCGAUCGCCGACAGUGCUCAAGGAAUCAGCGGACGCACGCUUCGAAAGAUACCAUUCCUGGCCUUGAUGAAGUACUGCGCUGGAGCUCAACAGGUCACUCUUGACAACUAUCUUAACGCUGUCGAAAAAGCCAUCGAAAGCGACAAGGUUGAGAGAAAGCAUCUUUCUGACUUGAUCAUGUUGCGAAGCUCUCGAUCAUUGAUCAACCGAUUUGCCUCUACCAAAGUCUUCUUUGACAUCAACGCUGGUGGAGAAGGUACCCAGCGUAUCACCUUCAAGCUUUAUGAUGAUGUUGUGCCAAAAACUGCCGAGAAUUUCCGUCAGCUGUGUACUGGAGAAGCUGGCUUUGGAUACAAAGGAUCCAGCUUCCACAGAAUCAUCAACGACUUUAUGGCUCAGGGCGGGGACUUUACUGCUGGCAAUGGCACUGGCGGAAAGAGUAUCUACGGCCGAACCUUUGCCGACGAAAACUUUAACAUCCGGCACGAGCAGCCCUACCUCCUUUCGAUGGCCAAUGCCGGUCCUAACACUAACGGCUCGCAGUUCUUCAUCACUUUUAUUCCCUGCCCAUGGCUCGACGGCAAGCAUACCGUCUUUGGUGAAGUUGUAGAUGGCAAAGAAAUCGUUGAUAUCAUGAAUAAACAUGUCUCGAGCAGUGGGAUGGGUUUCGUCGCCCUCGGAUAUCACGAAGGCGGCAUUACAAAGGGCGGACCAAAGUUCAUUUUCAUCCUAAGAACUCAUGGCCCAACCUCUUUCACUUUGAAAGACGGCUCAUCUGUACGAGAGCAGCAAGCUGACGGAAACGGUGGUUCAAGCGCGAAGCGAGUCUAUAAAGUCACUCUUGGCGCAAUUCAUAGUUGCAGUUGUAUAGCUUUCAAGCGCGAGCGCACUAUCUGCAAGCAUAUUUGUUGGGUGCUGCUGAAGCGCUUUCGAAUGGCUAAAUCAAAUCCACUGAUCUGGCAAGGAGGGUUUGUCCCCCGCGAAUUCGAUGAGCUUCUCCGCGGGGAUCAUGCUCGAAAAGAAACGAAGCCGGUGGAGCAAUCUGGCGAUUCUGAACAACCAUCUGAAAGUGGCCCUACUCCUGGAAGAGCACUCAAUGCUGACGAUGUUUGCCCUAUUUGCCAAGAAGAGCUUCUUGAAGUCCGCAUGCCUAUCACUUGGUGUCGAUGCUGCAAUAACGCUGCUCAUAUUCGGUGUAUGAAGGUCUGGGCAGAGCAUCAAGACACAAUGCAACGCGGCGAUGGUGGUGACAUUCAAUGCCCUUAUUGCAGGCAAACAUUUGCACCAAAAGAGCAGCUACGACGUGAAUUCACCAACACUUGGGAGAGGAAAAAGCACAAGGAUGUCAUUCAUAGCGGCAGCGUUUGUGCCGAUUGUUCGAUGACGCCGAUAAAGGGAAAACUCUACAUAGGAAUCGGAGAUGCUGUGAAUUUAUGCGGUCAAUGCUAUCGUAAUGGAGCAAGGCCACAUGUUCGAUUCAAUGUCCGUGAGCGACCGGGACAGAGUCUAAAACCAGCAAAACGAAACUUGGCGAAUCACCAACUAACGCUUGAGCUCCAAGGCCGCGAAAUCCAAGAAGAAGACUACGAACGACUCCUUGAGCUAGACCGACCCGCUUCUCCUGAUAGACCUGGGGUUCCAGAUCAUGUUUUGAACUUACUGCCUUGCCACAAAGUGGGUGCUAAUCAGCGGCUACUCAAAGAUGGUAUGCAGUGCCGAAUAUGUUUACAAGCGUUCGACCCGGCGCAUUAUGUCAAACGAUUGGACUCUUGUAGUCACUACUUUCACCGUGAUUGUAUCGAUACUUGGUGUCAAAAUCAUACAGAGUGUCCAAUUGAUGGCAAGAAGAUCAGACUACGACAAAAGAAGCCCAGAAGAACAAAAACCAAUAUCGACAUUCUUGAGACCCGACAACGCUCUGCCUUCGCUCCACGUCGGCCAGCUGCUAAGCUUUUGGAACGACGAAGAAAAUCAGAAGCAAACUUGAUCUCGCCAAACAUGUCGGAUCUGCUCGUUACAACACCUAUUCGUGUCGCUGGAUCCUCUUCGCAGUUGCCAAUUACCGACGAUAUCGAGGAAAUCAACCCGAUUCCCUUGAUAAAUUUCCGUGUUCGCAAUAUGCGACUUUAA